GGCCGGGUGGGGGAGGGCGACGCCGGCCUCCUGCAGGUGCGGGCGAGGCAGCCCCGCGCCCACCUGGGCCAGCGAGACGGCGUUCCGGUGACCGCGGGAGGCAGGCGUCAUGCGGCUGCCCCGGGCCUCCCCGACGUCGCUGCGCCUUUGCCCUCCGUGCCGGGAGCGAUGCGCCCUGAGCGGUUCCGCGGAGCCCGGCCGGACCAAGAGCUCCCCUGCUCAGCCUCUCCCUGCUCCGCGUCACCCGCAGGAUCAAGUCCGGCCUCCUGGUAGAUGCAGAGGGUGCAUAGGCAAGAGGCACUGCGGUUGUUUUGUGUCCCCACAAGACGAACGGACCAGGACUUAGAGUGCUGGAGUGUGCUGAUCUCCUGAAUAGUACCUUCAGCCAAAUCUCACCUCAGAGCCCCAGCUUCGGAUCCCACCUGACUUCUUCACGUGCAUAUCGAAUAGGCUUCUUAUAUUUGCCCUGGGCAAAGCAAAACUCUUGAUUUUCCCCAGUUAAACCUGUCCCUUCCCCACUUUUCCCCUUCUCAGUAAUUGAUCCCUUCACUUCUUUAAGCAGACCCCUCCUCUUCCUUACACGCACAGCUCCAGUCCUUCAGCAAGGCCUGUUAGUUCAACCUCAGAACCAUAUCUCCAAUCUCUCCACUUCUCUUUAUUCCCGUGGCCGCACCCCCUGCCCAAGCCACCCUCACUUUUCAGUUGCGCGACUGCGAUUGCCUCUUCACUGGCCUCCUUACUUCUUUUCAUCCCUCACCACGGCAAGAGUUCUCUAUGCAGCGGCACAAGUGAUCUUAAAAAAAAAAAUCAGAUCUUGCCAUGCUCCUACUUCAGAUCCUCUGUGGCUUCCCAUUGCUCUUGGCAUAAAAUCCAGAUUCCUCACCAUGGCCUACAAGAUCCUACGUGAUAUGGCUCCUGCUUCUUCUCUUGUCUGCUACCACUGUCUUCUUUGCCAGAUACCCUCCUUGUUGGCCUCCGUUUGGUUCCUCAGAUACGCUGUUAUUUUUCAUCUGAGCCUUUGCCUUUGAUGUUCCUUCUCCCUAGAAUGUUCUUCCGUGGCUUUUGCCGUGGCUCACUUCUGUUCCUCCAGGUCUCAACCCAGGCACUCCUCGAGUAUCCUGCCUAAGGUGGUCUCUCCCAGGUACCCCUCGUGACAGAGGCUCUGACAGCCUAUGCCACAUCUGUAAUGAUCUUGUUCAUUUAUUUGCUUCCUUUUUAACCUGCCUUACCAGAAUUUAAGCUUAUGAAAACAUGUCUUAUUUUUUUGCUGUAUCCUAUCUUGUCCUCCCCCCUUCUCUGCGUAUACUAAGUGCUCAAUAAAUAUUAUAAAUAAUUGCAUAAUGCAUGCUGUAGAACGGAUUUCUGGGGUACCUGAUAUAACUGGGUAGACGAUUAGCCUAGGUCACCAUCAAGGGCUCCUGUGACAUAGAUUCAGUAAUUCUGUGAUUCUGUACAUAUUUUAAGGCCAUCAUUCAUUAGGAAAUAGUCAAAUGGUAACCAUUUCUAAACUUAAAAGGUGAUUUACCUCACAGUUAAUACUACAAGUUCCAUUUUACUCAUUGACUCAUUCCUAUAACAUUUUUUGAGUACCGAAUGUCUGCUGCACACGAGCUAGGUGACACGGGAGAUAGACGUUUCUUGGAGAUUAGAGUAGGGUGGUGUUCACAUUUACCAAAAAAAUAUCCAAGACAGCGUGUGGUUUCAUGGGAUAAGGUAUAAGGCUUUCUGACUUCUGAAGGAAUAAUCGGGAGAAAUUGGGAAAUGCUCUCUGAAGAAGUUAUGUUUGGUCUGCAACUUGAAGAAUAGGUAAUAUUUCAGCAAACAGCUAUGAAAAGGGGUUGUCAUUCUAGUCAGAGGGAAUGUAUUCUGAAUACAUGGCAAUUAAAAAUUUUUUUUGAAAUCAAAAGGUAUUGGAAAUGCCACCAGCCUGCGUAGCAUUCCUCCCAGCUAAACACUUCACCUUGGCACCAAAUGUCUUCGAAGAUGAGAAAGCUCCAAAGAAGAGUGUUCUCUCAAAAGUUUCACGAGGAAAGAGGAAGAGAGGCUUCGGUGAUUCUGGGGGCCCAGCAGAUGGUCCAGCAAGAAAGAAAGCGGCCAAAGUGACUGUUAAAUCCGAAAACCCUCAGGUUAUUAAGGAUGAAGCCCUCAGUGAUGGGGAAGAUUUCAGGGACUUCCCGAGUGCCCUCAAGAAGGUGCACCGUCCAGAGAAAGAGGCUGCUGCGGACAAAGGUGGGGGUGAAGGGGGCGACGAGGAAGAGAGUGAGGAGGACUGGGAAGAGGUAGAAGAAGUUAGUGAGUCCGUGCCGGGUGACGUGGGGGAAAGCGCAGCCUUCUCUACAUCCGCUCUGCCCGUGAAGCCCGUGGAGAUAGAAAUUGAAACACCGGAGCAGGUGAAGGCAAGAGAAAGAAGCGAAAAGAUAAAAACGGAGUUUGAGACAUAUCUUCGGAGGAUGAUGAAACGUUUCAAUAAGGAAGUCCGUGAGGACACACACAAGGUUCACCUUCUGUGUCUGCUGGCAAAUGGCUUCUAUCGAAAUAGCAUCUGCAGCCAGCCAGAUCUGCGCGCCAUCGGCCUCUCCAUCGUCCCAACUCGCUUUACCAAAGUGCCACCUCAAGACGUGGACGUCAGCUACCUGUCAAACCUGGCGAAAUGGUUCAUUGGAACAUUUACAGUUAAUGCAGACCUUUCAAGCAAUGAGCAGGAUGGCCUGCAGACGACGCUGGAGAGAAGGUUUGCUAUUUACUCUGCGAGAGACAGUGAAGAGUUGGUCCACAUAUUUUUACUGAUUCUCCGGGCCCUACAUCUCCCUACCCGACUCGUAUUGUCUCUACAGCCAAUUCCUCUGAAGUUAUCAGCAGCGAAGGGAAAGAAACCUUCCAAGGAGAGAUCCACAGAGGGUCCUGGAGGCUCCUCAGAAACUUCCAGCCAAGUUCCUGGAAAGCCAAGCAAACCAGAGACCAGCAGAGGAAGCAGACAAGAGGACAUGUCUUCUGAGGGCACUGGCAGUGCACCUGACAAAGCGAAGGGGAGCAAGGCGGCUGCCACCAGGAAGAAGCGGAGAGAGCCCUCCUCCAGCAGGAAAGAAGAGGGCAAGGCCGGGGGGCAGACGGAGGGGACUCAGAGGCGUUUGCGGGGCCGGGAGCGGCAGGCGGCCGCCAGGGUGUCUUACAAAGAGGAGAGCGGGAGUGACAAGGCCAGCAGCAGCUCUGACUUUGAGCUCUCCAGCUCGGACAGCCAUCGCCCAUCCGACGAGGAUUCUGAGCCAGGCCUUCCAAGGCAGAGGAGGGCCGCUGCCCCUCAGAGGAUGAAGGUGGGGUCCAAGAGGGAGUCCAGGUCCCAGCGUGGAAGCGACCGUCAGCCCCCUGGCUUUCCAGAAGCAUCUGUAAGCGCUUCCGGCAGUAAGCGUAAGAGAGGCAAGCGUAAGAUGCCCGUGGAUGGUGAGGAGGCAGACGGCCGGAGAGCAGCUGGUGUGGACCAGUGGCUGGAGGUAUUCUCUGAGCAGGAGGAGAAAUGGGUGUGCGUGGACUGUGUGCACGGUGUAGUGGGCCAGCCCCUGACCUGCUACCAGUACGCCACCAAGCCUGUGACCUACAUCGUGGGCAUCGACAGCGACGGCUGGUUGCGCGAUGUCACACAGAGGUACGACCCUGCCUGGAUGACGGUGACCCGAAAGUGCCGGGUUGAUGCCGCGUGGUGGGCCGAGACCCUGCGACCCUACCGGAGCCCGCUGGUGGAGAGGGAGCAGAAGGAGGACCAGGAGUUUCAGGCGAGGCACCUGGACCAGCCUCUGCCCACCGUCAUAGGCAUGUACAAGAACCACCCUCUGUACGCCCUCAAGAGGCACCUCCUCAAGUACGAGGCCAUCUACCCCGAGACGGCCGCCAUCCUCGGGUACUGCCGUGGAGAGGCUGUCUACUCCAGGGACUGCGUGCACACCCUGCACUCCAGGGACACGUGGCUGAAACAGGCCCGAGUGGUGAGGCUUGGAGAAGUGCCCUACAAGGUUGUAAAAGGCUAUUCCAACCGGGCCCGGAGAGCCCGCCUGGCUGAGCCGCAACUGCAGGACUACAAUGACCUGGGCCUGUUUGGCAAGUGGCAGACCGAGGAGUACCAGCCGCCGGUGGCUGUGGACGGGAAGGUCCCCCGGAACGAAUUUGGCAACGUGUACCUCUUCCUGCCCGGCAUGAUGCCUGUCGGCUGCGUCCAGCUGAACCUGCCCAACUUGCACCGCGUGGCCCGAAAGCUGAACAUUGACUGUGCCCAGGCUGUUACGGGCUUCGAUUUCCACAAAGGCUACUCCCAUCCCAUAACCGAUGGCUACAUAGUCUGUGAGGAAUAUAAAGAUGUGCUCCUGGCCGCCUGGGAGAACGAGCAGGCGCUCAUUGAGAAGAAGGAGAAGGAGAAAAGGGAGAAGCGGGCUCUGGGGAACUGGAAGCUGCUGGUCAAAGGGCUGCUCAUCCGGGAGCGGCUGAGGCUUCGCUACGGGGCUCAGAGUGAGGAAGCCGCUCCCCACGCAGACGCAGGAGGAGGACUCUCUUCAGACGAGGAGGAGGGGACCAGCUCUCCAGCGGAAGUGGCCAGGAUCCUGGCAGCCUCCUGGCCCCAAAACCGAGAGGUAGAGGAGAAGCGGAAGUGCCCCCGGAAGAGCAGGAGGGAGGAGAAGGAGGCAGCUUCCCACCUGUUCCCGUUUGAGAAGCUGUGAUGUGAGUGGUCACCUCCUCGGUGGCUCAGCCGUGCCCCAGACCUUGCUCCCGGAUAGAUCCCUCCUGCGUCUGACACGUGUGCUGUUGCAGACUCGGGCCCCUUCUCUGCAGGCCCCUCGUUGCCCUCAGUCAGGUCCCUGAAGCCGCCUGACGCCGUGGGGGGAGAGCAGGUCAGUGCAGGCCGUCUCAGGGUGACAUGGCUGGACCUACAUUCCCAGGUAACACUUCGCGGUGGCAGAAGACUAGAACAAAGAGCGAAAGUCAGGCAAGGAAAGGACAAACGAUGAGAAUUAGAGAAAUGUCAGGAAGGGUGGAUCACUGUUAAAGGAGAUUUUAUUCAUUACUGGAUACAUUUAUAAAGCCUUAUGCGCUGUAGAUAUUUAGGAGAAGUCACUUUUAUAACAUUUUGAGGAAAAAAAUAAAGCAUUUCUCUAGAAA